AUGAGUUUCAACAGCUUUCGGAGACGCGGACAUACAGCGUCGAAGUCCGUGAUCAAGGCGUCGCUCUCACAGAUAUCGGAGGCGCAGCGGACCUUAGAGGACACAUGCUGCUUAGUGGAGUACCACGGGAUUGAUGAAGAGGACGUGCAGGUGUUGAACAACCCUGCGUCCGAAAGCAAGGACGACCCGUCAGCGAUCAGCGAGGACGAGGUGGCGAAGCAGCCGAGCUACGGGGGGGAGACGAACCAGCAAUGCACGGAGGUGCGAUCGGAGGAGUACGCGGUGCUCAGCGACUCGACGGAGGAGAUGGAGGAGUUGGAGCGGUGCUAUCGGGGCGGGUCGGAGGUGGUUUUGGAGCCGCAGUCGACCAGCGAGCGCAUCGACGACUGGUGUUUGACUCACGUGUCGUGCGGGACGUCGACUGUGCUUGAGGCCGCGAGUUCGCGCGUGCGGGACAUCGCGCGCUCGUGGGGGGUCGAAGGCGACGAGCGGGCGACGCUGUCGGCGGGUACCACGCGGCCGCCGGCCGUGCGUCCGUUGCCGCGUGUCUCCUCGUAUGAGUCACGUAAGUUGGCGCAACUCACGCCGGCAGAGCUGGCCCAGUUGACCAAGUUCGUGAAGGAGCUGCUUCCGUACCUCAUCCAGGGGAGGGCCUCUGUUCGUACCCCACGGUGCGAAGCCAAGUACGGAAAUGUUCCGACCUUGUUUCCAGAUCGCGGCAACCUGCUGCGCUGCUCGUUGGACGCCAACAACGUUUCAAAAAUGGCGAAUCUGUACGAACAGAUGCGGCAGCUGUUGCUAGAUGCUCCCAGCAACGGCAAUUACGAGGCGCUUGAUGAUAUUUCGCUGUCUUCCAUGCAUUCAUCGUUGCCCGUGCAAUCGUGGUAUGGAUGGCAUAUGGUCCCGCGGGUUAGGGAUACAGAAUUCUAG